ACCACCUCCGCUUCUCCCCACACAAACAUCUCCCACGAUCCAUCCAAGUUCAGGAGCGCAGAGUUUGAGAAUCCAAGCACAGCAUCCGUCUGCUUCUUUUGCUUGCUUGCUUCUCUUUCUCUGCGACCAGAUCCUCCCACCGUCUCGUCUCAAUGGCCGCCGUCUCCACCAAGUCCAUUGCUCUCCUCGCCGCGGUUGUGCUCGUGGCGCUCGUUGCGUCGGCGGCAGGGAGGAUUGUGGAGCGGGAGGAGGAGUUCUUCCUGGGCAGCCUCGCUCCCUCGCUCGCCCCGGCACCGGCGCCGGCGGCGGUGGUUGGCGCAGCAGGCGCCGUCGCUCCCGGGGCGUGGGCCGUGGCCGCCGUCGUCUCGCUCCUCGCCUUCCUCGCUCACUGAGGCGUCGUUGCGUUGGGUGCCUAGCUUCUUGAGAGAUGGAAUCCUGCAAUCUGAAUUGCGGCGAGUCGCGUCUGUUUGUUUCGUUCAGUUUAGUUGGUUGGUUAGACUACCAGUAGUAGUGAUCUAUGCAGUGAUGGUGUUGCGUACUGGGUAUCUCUCUCUUUUGCCUGUAUAAGAGAGAAAGUAUGUUUUAAAUAAUACUAUUUAUUGAUUAUUCUUUAUAUGA